UUGCUCCACUCCUCUCUUUCUCUCUCUACCCCUCUUCACUCUCCUCACCAUUUCCUAUCCUCUCUUCAGCAAUGCCACAACACACCUCUGCUUCUCUUCUAUUAUGAUUCGAUAGAAACACAGAAGCAGUACUGUUUUGGCAUAAUCUGUAAGCAGAAGGAAGGAAAUCAAGACAGUGUGUGUCAAAACCAACCACUUUCUCAAUCUGGGUAGAGAGAGAAACCCCCAAAUCUCACCCACAUUUAACGAAUCUCCAUAGAUCUACUUUCCCCUGUUUUCCCCUGUUUCGGUUGAAACCAGAUAGUGAAAAUGGGUGACGUUAUAUCCGGGAAGAAUCUGAUACCGGAGAGUUUUCCGGGGGCGUCGGUGGACUUGGCGGCGCAAAUUGGUUUGCUAUGGGACCUAAUCAAGGCGCCAUUGAUCGUGCCAUUGUUGAGAUUGGCUGUUUAUGUCUGUUUGGCGAUGACGGUGAUGCUUUUUCUCGAAAGGCUUUACAUGGGUAUUGUAAUUGUCCUUGUUAAGCUGUUUUGGAAGAAGCCAGAGAAGCGAUACAAUUGGGAACCCAUUCGUGAUGAUUUGGAAAUCGGGAAUUCUGCUUUCCCUUUGGUUCUUAUUCAAAUCCCAAUGUUCAAUGAGAAAGAGGUAUACAAGAUCUCAAUUGGGGCAGCAUGUAAUCUCUCAUGGCCAUCCGAUCGACUCGUGAUUCAAGUACUUGAUGACUCUACUGAUUUUGUCAUCAAGGAUAUGAUCGAGAAAGAAUGCCAAAGAUGGGCAAGCAAAGGAGUUAACAUUAAGUAUCAAAUCAGAGAAAGCAGAGGAGGUUACAAAGCCGGUGCUCUUAAAGAAGGAUUAAAGCAUGAUUAUGUCAAAGACUGUGAAUACGUCACCAUUUUUGACGCCGAUUUCCGACCGGAGCCAGAUUUUCUCCGGCGAGCCAUUCCUUUCCUUGAGUUCAACCCCCAAAUCGCACUAGUUCAAGCUCGGUGGCGUUUUGUGAACUCUGAUGAAUGUUUAUUGACAAGAAUGCAAGAGAUGUCGCUGGAUUACCAUUUCACAGUGGAGCAAGAAGUAGGAUCAGCUACUCAUGCAUUUUUCGGAUUCAACGGAACUGGUGGCGUGUGGCGGAUUGCUGCCAUUAAUGAAGCCGGAGGGUGGAAGGACCGAACGACGGUGGAGGACAUGGAUCUUGCUGUUCGAGCAGGUCUUAAAGGAUGGAAAUUCCUGUAUCUUGGUGAUCUUCAGGUGAAAAGCGAACUUCCGAGUACAUUCAAAGCCUUUCGUUAUCAGCAACAUAGGUGGUCCUGUGGUCCUGCUAAUUUGUUUAGGAAAAUGGUGAUGGAGAUUGUUAGGAACAAGAAAGUGACAUUAUGGAAGAAGCUUUACGUGAUCUACAGUUUCUUCUUUGUAAGAAAGAUCAUUGCUCAUAUGGUCACUUUCUUCUUCUUUUGCGUUGUUCUUCCCCUCACGAUAUUGGUCCCUGAGGUUGAUGUACCCAUUUGGGGCGCCAUUUACAUCCCCUGCGUCAUCACCACCUUGAAUUCAGUCGGAACUCCAAGAUCCAUUCAUUUAUUGUUCUACUGGAUUCUGUUUGAAAAUGUGAUGUCACUUCACCGGACUAAAGCCACAUUCAUUGGUUUACUUGACGCAAAGAGAUCAAACGAAUGGGUCGUUACUGAAAAACUCGGAGAUGCUCUCAAGAACAACAAAUCAAACGCCAAAGCACCAAAGAAAUUCAAAUUCAAUUUCAAUUUCGGUGACAGAAUUCAUCUAACCGAGCUAGGGUUUGCUGCGUUCCUGUUCUUCACUGGAUGCUAUGAUUUCAUGUACGGGAAGCACAACUACUUUAUAUACAUCUUCCUGCAGACGAUCACCUUCUUGAUCGUUGGAUUUGGUUAUGUUGGCACCAUCGUCCCAAGCUCUUGAAGAUGAUGCAUGGACUGAAAUCGAAAAAAAAAAAAGAAAGAAAAAAAGCAAAAGCCUACAUCUUUUUACUCUUUCCAUAUCUCAAAUUAUUCACAGUAUAUACAAUCUUUCGUGUGAUUGAUAAAACAAACACAUGCCCAUGCCGUUUGAGAAAGGGAAGAGGAAAGAGAUUGGAGUUUUUGGUUGGAUGUUUGUGAAAAUUUUUAAGGAGACAUAAGAAAAUUUAAUUAGGUUGUUUGUUAGAGAGCAUAGUAUACAGUUGAAUCGAGUCCAGUUGAAGAAGAAGAAGAAAAGAAGUUUAUUUCUUAUGUUGCUUUUGUUUUUAAAUAUUUAUAUGUUGAGUUGGGCUUUUUUUUAGAUUUAUGUUUUGUGGAGGGAAAUAAUAUGGUGGCAAUAGGAGAGUGAGUCGACUAUGAUUGUAAUGUGCCAUCUAUUAUUGUACUCUCUUUUUUAUUAUUUGUUUG